CGAUCAAUGGGAAGAGCCGAAGAUGUCAGCUCGGUAAUGUGAUCAGCUGUGUCCAAUCACAGCUGAUCGCAUCUGUCGCGCUGACAACUCGAGAGGAGAGCCGGUAAUCGGCUUUACUCAGAGGGGACAUGUACACUGAUCAUCAGGGCACUGAUGAUCAGUGUGCCCUGAUGAUCAGUGUAGCCCCAGCAGUGCCACCUGUCAGUGUCCAUCAGUGCCAGCUCUCAGUGCUCAUCCAUGCCACCUCUCAGUGCCCAUCAGUGCCACAUCAAUGCCACAUAUCAGUGCCUACCAGUGCACAUCAAUGCCACAUAUCAGUGCCCAUCUGAGCUGCCUUUCAGUGUUGCAUAUCAGUGCCAGUCAGUGCCGCCUAUCAGUGCCAGUCAGUG